AAAAAAGGGAACUGUGAUGUGAGAAAGUGAUGAAGUGAGCAUUUGAGCUGCGCUUCUCAAAGAAACUUCUGCUAUCUGAACAGACAAACCUGCAGAAGCUCUUCGUCUGGACUUCAGUUCACUCUCCAGCUGUUAUACAGACAGCAUUUGGUGAACAACUAGUAGGAAAACAAGUAACACAGACAGCGUCUGGUGGAGAGAUGCGCUACACAUUUAAGCCGGAUGACUGUAUGGUCAUCAGCAUUCCUCUGGGAAACCUCAGGAACACGGGAGACGGCCAGCUGAUGCCCGAGAAAUUCACCUGCGUCUUCAAAGACGCUUACAAGGUCUUUCUUAAAGGACGGCCAAAGGAACUCGGGGCGGUUCAGCUCAGCAUCGGAGUGUUUAUCAUUUGCAUCGGCAGCCUCAUUACUCUUGAAUAUGAUACAUCUCAUCUAGUGUACACCCUACCUAGUGCCCUGUUCAUUGCAAGUGGCAUUCUGACAUUUGCAGCUGGAAAUUCUCCAUUCAUGCCUGUGGUGAAGCUAUCCUUCAUAUUCAACAUUAUCAGCCUUUUCUGGUCAAUCGCAGCUAUAGUUCUCUGUUCAUUGUUAGAAGAAGGAAGGGGUUGGUAUAUCAGCCCAGAUAACAACACAAGGAGAAACAUGUUUGUGGGGCUGAAGGCGGUGAUCGGUGUGUUGUGUGGGUUGGAGUUGAUUCUGGCUCUGAUUCUGAUCUUCUGGGAGAGUAAAGCCGUGUGCAGAUCUCACUUCAACACUCUGCCCUUGAUCACCAUUAAGCAAGAGGCUUGAUGGGACAGCUCAUCUGGUGCUGCAGUGUCAGGGCAAUGGGUUUGAUUCCCUGGGUGUGAAUAGAUCAAAUGUUUAGCAUGAAUGUACUGUAAAUUGCUGUAUGUUUGCCAAAUGCAUAAAUGUAAAUGUGCCACAAGUUUUACAUUUGCUCACUAUUAAAGUACUGAGUUCUGUUUACCUCUCA